AUGGCCGCCGCCUCCACGAAUCCCCCGCUGAAGUCCAUCGAGGAGACGUACCUGGAGCACAUCAGGCUGCGCCCAGACACCUACGGCUCGGUCCAGCAGCACAAGACGCCUCUCUGGGUCUACGAGGACGGUGCCAUGGUGCAUCGGUAUGUCACCUACGUCCCCAGCCUCUACAAGAUCUUCGACGAGAUUCUCGUCAACGCUGCCGACCACAAGCAGCGCGACCCCUCCAUGGACUCCCUCCAGGUCGACAUCGACGUCGAGGGCUGCUGUAUCUCUGUCUACAACAACGGACACGGGAUACCCGUUGAGAUCGACCAGGAGGAGGGCGUCUACGUGCCGGAGCUGAUCUUCGCCAACCUCCUCACUAGCCGCCGCUACCAUGACAACGAGCGGAAGACCUUCGGCAGCAGGGACGGCUACGGCGCCAUACUCGCCAACAUCUUCUCCUGGGAAUUCGUCAUCGAGAUCGCUGAUGGGCGCCGGCAGAAGAAGUACAAGCAGAUUUUCUCUGAAAACAAGGGGAAGAAAUCAGAGCCUGAGAUUAAAAAGUGUGAGCAGUCAGAGAACUGGACCAGAGUUACCUUCAAGCCUGACCUUGCCAAGUUUGACUUCACCAAGACGCUCGACCGUGAUAUCGUGGCACUCAUGAGGAAGAGAGUAGUUGAUAUGGCGGGCAUCCUUGGCAAAUCCGUGAAUGUUGAGUUGAAUGGUCAGAAGGUAGCAGCAAAAAGCUUCUCUGAGUAUGUGCAACUCUAUAUUGACUCUGUUUCCAAAGAAGGAAUCGAGCUACCAAGAAUUUACCAGAAGGUAAAUGAUCGUUGGGAGGUGUGUGUGAGUCUAAGUGAAGGCCAGUUUCAGCAGGUCAGUUUUGUAAAUGGAAUUGCGACCAUAAGAGGCGGAACUCAUGUUGACUACGUCGCAAACCAAAUCGCCAACCAUUUGAUGGGCAUUGUGAACAAGAAAAACAAGCAUGCUAGCAUGAAAUUACAUACAGUGAAGGGCUACCUAUGGGUAUUUGUUAAUGCACUCAUUGAAAACCCUGCCUUUGAUUCACAGACCAAAGAGACCUUGACAACUCCUCAGGGAAAGUUUGGGUCCAAGUGUGAGCUAUCCGAAGAUUUCCUUACGAGGGUCUCUAACCCGGGUUUUGUCACCAAUCUCCUUCGUUUGGCCGAGUCUAAACUAAGCAAGGGAGCCAAUUUGGAUUCUCUCCCACAUUCAUCUACUCGUAUGUCAUAUAUGCAUGCCCCACCAAGACCCACACAAAUAUUCUCAGAGAUGCAUGGAGCACAGCGUGGAGAAAUCAAGAAACGUGACCGCGAUGAUGUGUUCCUUGAGCGAUACCUAAAACUGAAGCGGGAAGAAAUUGAUCGGUUUGCUGCAAUUGAGGAGAAGAAGCUGGAGGAUCCAUGCAGCAUUGCCAGGUGUAUCGCAACGAUCGAAAAAUUACAAGGUCUGCAAGUAGAUGAUAUUUUGGUGGCAGCAGAUAUCUUCAAGAUAAAGGAGAACAGGGAAGUUUUCUUAUCCUUCUCUAGAGAUGAUCUUCGGUUGGCUUGGAUUAAAAGGGAGAUUGUGCGCAGCCAGCCAUACAAUCGGAAUUAG